AUGCAACUUGCCCUCAACGCCUCCUUUAUCGCGGGAUUCGUCGACGCGGAACUGCCGGACGCGAAGGUCGAGGCCAUCCCGACGUUCACACACGUAUGCGAGUUCCUGUGGUCCCCUACCAACCGUGUUGCCCACGACGAGGAGACGCGCGCUCGCAGUGCAGUACUUGCUGCUGGCAAGCGCAAGGGGGAAGAGGAGCGACUGUAA